UCUUUAAUUUGUUAAGUUGCCUCUGGUAGGCGUCUUUAAAAUCUGCGACACCCCAUUUACUUCCCCUCCUUCCUCCUUUCCUUCAUUUUUUUUUGGACAGUUUAUUCUAAUUAAAUGCUACCUCUCUUUCUCUCUUUCCCUCUCCUCACUUCUCUGCAUUUCAUUUGCAUCCAAAAUUGAACCAACAACGCCAAUCUCUCCUUCCUUUACCCCCCCCCCAAAUACAAUUCUGUUCCUUACACGUCAUCCUCCUCCACUUGUGAUACAGUAAGGACCAAGAACCCAUCAAUGGCGUCGCCGCCACCUUUGUUAUACGGAGUUAUUGGAGGAACUGUGGCCUCUUCGGAAAAUAAUAGCAGUGAAAGCUCCCAUUCUUCUUCUUCUUCAAUUGAGAGUGCAAAGCCUAGUAUUAUAAUAAUCAUUUUGAUCCUUUCUAUAACCUUGCUUGUUUCUGUUUCUCUUUGUCUCCUCUUGCGUCAUGUCAACCGCCGUUGCUUGCGUCACCUCUCUCGUUCCUCUACCUCCACUAUUAUCGCCUCCGCUGCCAGCCACCGUGUCAGUCCCGAACAAUCGCCGACGGCUUUGUUGCUUGAUUCUCUUCCUCUUUUUACUUUCUCUUCCAUUACUCGCCGCCGCUCCAACGGUGAUUCAACGGUUUUCGGAGAUUGUGCCGUUUGUUUGUCGAAAUUUGAACAGCAGGAUCAGCUCAGGCUUCUCCCUCUCUGUUGUCACGCAUUUCACGCCCAGUGCAUUGAUACUUGGCUUACUUCAAAUCAGACUUGUCCUCUAUGCCGCUCUCCUCUCUUCGCUUCCGAGCCCGAUCUCAUGAAGUCAUUGCUUCAGUCUUCUAACGCAGCCACACCGAUCGGAAGUGGCGGAAGCGAUAGUUUCCGGCUCGAGAUCGGUUCUGUAAGUCUCCGGCAACCAGGCUCCGAAUCAGGUGAGCAAAGAAGGUCGUAUUCCAUUGGCUCUUUUGAUUAUAUCGUCGAGGAAGAAUCAGAGGUGACUAGGAAUCAAACUCAUCAGAGAAACGUCUCCGAUAAAGAAGAGGUGGUCGGAGGAGCUGAGGCAGCUUCGGAAGGGAGCCUAGCCGGCGAGGUUGCCACCGGAAGGAGUUGGCUUAAGGAAUACGUGGAUAGGCUCUCUUCUUCGCUAUCGUCUCGUGCGAUGUCAUUUCGUAGCUCAGGUAGACUCUUCACCGGGAGCAGUCGACGAAGCGAUAUCGCCGGCGUUAUCACCGCAGAUUACGACGUGGAGGCCAAUCGCAUCGGCGAGGAGAUCAGCGAAAUGUUUCGUUGGUUCUCAGGGGUAUGAAUGGUAAAAAAAACGAGGUCGUAUGGACAUGUCCGCGCCGUUUUCUUCAUUUUUCUUUUUUGAUAAGUUGACUCAAAUGUUUUGCUCAUUCCACUCCGUUCCCGACGGAUCGAAAAAUCGCAACACAACAGAGAGAGCAAUAAAAGUUCAGAAAUGGAGUGGAGAUAGCAAAAUUUUUUAGUCCAGGUGAUUUUCUUUUUUACUAAUUUAUCGGCUGUAGAUAAAAAAAAAGGCAUUUACAUUUUAGAUUUUUAAGUAGUUUAGUGCGUUAAA